GCAAGAUGUGCGUUCAAAAAAGAAUUAAUCAAAAGUCCCAGCAGCGUGCAGAUGUUCCAUUUUACCGCAUGCGAUGGAAGCAGCGAGUUACCACGGCGAUGUGGUGCAGUCAUCUGGUCAGCGUGCCAGGUCCUCGUCUCCUCCUGCAGCUUCACAGACCCGCCUCUUGGUGGCGUCACGGCAACACCCCAAGACGCGCUGCCACUUCACGCCGCCCCCGUCAAGAAGUGAAAGAAGACUUAAAACCUACUUCAUUAAGAAUGGCCAACCAGGAAGUGAAGCUUUUGCUCGAGAGGUGCCUCAGCGCAGCAGCAACAGAAACCUCCACGCAACUCACUGAAAAGGACGAGCUCAACUACUGCAGUGCCAGAGAUUCCUUGUGCGCGGAGCUAGCUUUGCUUCUCCAAGAGGCCGUGGACAUGAGGUGGCCUUUUGUGCCCGAGAAGUGGCAGUACAAGCAGGCCAUUAGCCCCACUGACAAGAGCAACCUGAGCGAGCUCAUCAGCCAGCAUCUCUUUCAGCUCCUGAAUGUCCUGGAGGCUGCCGUUGUGGCCCACGAAGCUCGCGUUGCACUGGCGAUGCUUUUUUUGUUGGACCGUUUCCUCUACUGGACCGACGAAUCUGGGGCAUUGUUAAAAAUGUGCAAGCUGCUACACAAACGUUACCCGAGUGCACCUGUCGCUCCUCAGCUAGUCAUACGACAGGCCAGGGUGUACCUCAACUCAGGCAAACUGCAGAAGGCCGAGUACAUUCUUAGCCAUCUUAUUAUCAACAGCGGAACCACAGGAUGUUGGCUAUACCGUUCGGAAAGUGACCGUGCUCUUGUGCAGGCUGUCUGCCUGCAAGUGCGUGGAAUGGUUUUGCAAAAACUAGGCCUGUGGCUGGAAGCCGCACAGCUCAUCUGGGCUUCUCUAGUCGGGUACUACGUGUUGCCGCAGCCGGAUAAAAAGGGUAUCGGAACCUCUCUUGGCAUCUUAGCUAAUAUACUGCUGUCCAUGAACGAUGAGGACUUUCAUGCUUUCCAUAGCAACCCAGACAUUGAUUUAUCUUUGCUUGCGGAUGCGUCCCAUCGUCUUUUGUCUGCGGCCAAGGUAGCCCAAAUGGCGGUGGUAUACAGCCAAUACACGCCGCUCUACGUGUUGACAAAUGUGACAGCACAAGGGUCCUGCUUGUUGUCGUACAGUUUCUCUGAAGCCUGUCCCCAAACAAAGAGGACAGCCUUCCUCUUACAAGCCAAGGAGGCAUUUGAAGUGGGACUCCUAACAAAAGAAGAAGGCCAAGCGGUCACCAGUAAGCAGGAGCUGCACACCUUAAUCAAGGCAGCUUAUUCGCUAGUUGUCGCUCACAAAUGGCUCAACGGACCCUCUGAGGCCGUAAUGCGAGCAACGCAGGCUUGCCAAAAGGCUUUGACUGAAUUUUACCAUUACUCCCGAGCAGACAGUCGAGACAGAAGCGGCUUCUGUACAGAAAUUAUGCAGCUGAUGUCUCAAGUCAAGACGGAGCUGCGCGUGGAGCCGUUCGUUAAUUCCGAAAGCUGCUCUUUUAUACCAGAUAGCUUUAGAAACUUGAACGACACUUUAGUUAGCUUUACUUUGGAUGUUUUCUCCAAGGUGAUGCAGAGAUUUCAGAAGUAUCACAUGUCCCUGUGUCACGCCACGGAGGUCAAGUGUAAUGCCGGGAAAGAUGACGUCGACGGAGCAAGGAUGUGCAUAACAGCAUUCGGGACCACUGUGGAUGCUCUUAACACUGAAAGUAUCCCCGAUGCCUGCAAAACUUCAAGCUCUGAUGUUUCUCAACAGCCUGAGCACCCCACCAAUGCCGCAAGUGCAAACAGUCUUAGUUCUUCCUGGAGGAAGCUUUCCUUGACAAGUUCUGGGUCAGCAAGGUGCGCCGCUGCACCUGAGGAGAAUGUUGGCAGCCCUACUUUUCUAGGACCGCAAAGACCUACCACCACAUUGUCUUCUAGUUCGAGUCGCAGUUCUGGCAAGUUUCAAAUGGUAGAAGCUGAAAUACCAACAGUGGACUCUGAUACUCCGGAUGAUGACCAAAGCCAAUUAGAGCCAUUGAAGUACGGAUCCCCGCAGUCCUUAUCCCACCUGGUACUCAGAUCAAGCUCUCUCAGCAAUAGUUUUGGCUCCAAGUCAUCAUGGGAAAACAUCUCGAGGUCUGGCCAGAGCAGCAAAUCAUCUGAGUCGAGUGGGAGCUUCUUUCUCAUGAGAACUCAAGAUUGCCAAAGCAGCGAUCCAGAGUAUGACCCUGCUACUGACUGGGAAUUCUUGGGCAUGACCAAACCGCAGGAGACCCCUAAUGCAGAUAACGGGAGUUGUAAUACAACUGAACCCUCUACGGAAAAUUCCGACGGGACACCAGAAGAACUGAUCAUUGGUCCUCAAGCAUCGAACCCUUGGUGCAACAGCUGCGUCAAGAGUAGUUUCCUGGCUUCUGUUGGUUCGGCGAGGCAGUACUCCUUGUCUCAGGAAGACUACCGCAGCCUCCUAGCUGGGGUUUGCCACGACUGUCUACUGAAGAGACUCGGCAGUGAGAAAACCAAGUUCAAACUCGAGCACUACGACAUUGCCCACAAUGCGCUUCAUUUAAAGUUUUCCAAAGCCUCGGGUCUCUGGACCGCGAGGGAGACAUGCGUCUAUAUCGGUCAGUCAAUGGGCUUGCACGGCACUCACAGAAAUGCCAUCUGGGUCCAGUUCUUACACCAGGAAGAAAGGCUGAGCAAUUAUGUCGGGAAGGACUACCGGAAGCCGACGCAGAUCCAUUUUCACCUGACCGACGUGGAGAGGCAGAUGACGGCUCAGUACUAUGUGACAGAAUUCAACAAGCGCCUCUACGAAAAGGAUGUCAUGGCCCAGAUGUUCUUCCUGCCUUCAGAGGCGCUGCUGAUUUUGGCCGGAGAUGAAAUUGCCGGCUGCAUCACCGUAGAACCGUACAUGCUAGGCCAAUUUGUCAAACUCACCAACAACAGCAAAAAGACGAACGACACUCUCCCGGCGACGGAAUACGGCCUCGCUUUUGGACAUUUUACCUACCUCCAUUCCAACUGCCAGGACGUUGUCGUUGACUUGCAAGGGUGGGUGACCGCCAACGGCAAAGGGCUGACUUACCUCACUGACCCCCAGAUACACUCCACGAGAAUCCCCCGGGGCCCGUCCAACCUCGCUCAUGGCGGUAUUGCUUCCUUCCUGCGAAAGCAACACGGGCCGGAGUGUAACAAAAUUUGCCGGUUACUGAACCUCCCCACGUUGCCCAAAAAUCUACAGUGACUCAUUGCCUGUCAUUGACAACAAUAGACAUCCAAUUCACUUAUACUGGAAGGGUUGGCUCUGAAUGCUCAUCUUCCAGUGCCAUUGACGGCGCUCGAUGUCCAGUCCCUCCAAGUCAAAAUGGAUUGGACGUCAAGCGCCGUCAAUGGCAGCCAGUGUGUUACCUUAUCUGGCUAAAAAUAAACUAGUCCGGCCUUCAUGAGACCAAAUUGCAAUAAAUGUGGCUCAAAGUUCCAGCAUCAUCACCUUGUCAAGAGUCAAGAAUCUGCAUUGAACAAGGUGAUUAUGCUGGAACUUUUGUUUGGUGCUGUUCCAGUGAGAUUUACAAAGAUGACUGCCUGAAGAAAACAUCAAAAUUCUCUCAGUCCUUGCAAAGGCACCAGGGAGAUGGCUGUGUUUAAAUCUUCAAUAAAUGCACAAGUUUACGAUGAAAUUUUACACAGCUUUCUUAUCCCAAAAUAUGCUUGUCAUUUUCCAAGAUGACAAUGCAUAAUGCCAGAGAACUAAAACUGUUAAAGCAUUCCUUGGCGAAAGACUCAUCCAGUCAAUGUCAUGGCCUGCAAAUUGCCCAGAUCUCAACCCUAUUGAAAACCUGUAGUGGAAAUUGGAAAAAAAAAAGGUCCACAGCAAGGCUCCGACCUGCAAGGAUGAUCUGGCAACUGCAAUCAAAGAGAUUUGGCACCAAAUUGAUGAAGAAUACUGUUUGUCAAUUAUCAAGUCCAUGCCUCAGAGACUGCAAGCUGUCAUAAAAGCCUGAGGUGGUGCAACUAAAUACCUGAGAUGUGUUUUGAUUGUUAUGUCUUUGUUUGUUUCUCAUGAUUCCAUAUAUUUUUCCUUUGGCGUUGGGGUUCACACUUAUUUCAUAUUCUACAUACACUUAGCCAGGCUUCAAAUAGCAUGUUAUGCACUCUGUGUGUUAAUAUUAUUUCAAAUAUAGUUUAGGGCUGCAGCUAUCGAAUAUUUUAGUAGUCGAUUAAUCGAUGGACUAGUUAGUUCGAAUAAUCGAGUAAUCGGAUAAGGAACAUGACAAAUUAAAAUACCUGAGCUGAGUCUCAAACGUAUAUAUUUUUUUCUAAAAAUAAGGAUCUAUGUAAAACUAAAGAAUAGGCUAUCUUACAUAGAAAAAAUCCGCUAGCUUAAAUGCUAUAAAAUGCUAAAGUUUUUUUUUUUUUUUUACAGUGCUCCUAACAAAUGGUUCAGACACAUAUUCCCACAUAAAAACGGCUAAAUAUACCAAUAAACUAAAUUAUGAACGACAUUAGCUCGAACAAACACUUACGUUUGUCUUAACAGGGAGCAGGUGGAUUCAGCCAUGUGAAAAGAGGCAGACCAGAGGGCAAUGUACCCAACCCUAAUCAAUAAAACUAAAUGCAAAAGCUUUCAAAAUAAAACAUUACAAUGCCACUUUAAUUAAACGAAUACUCGAAGCAACAAAAUUUAAUUCGAAUAUUUUUUUCUAAUCCAAUACUCGAGUUAAUCGAUUAAUCGUUGCACUAAUAUAGUUUGCAUUUUUAAAAUAACGGUUUAUUGUAUUUAAAUGGGCGAUUCAGUAGCAUGUAUUGUCACUAUCGUAAUUUUUGGACAAUAGGGCGCACCUGACUUUAAGCCGCCACCCACCAAAUUUGAUACAAAAACAGCUGUCCUCGCUGUAUAUGGGAUACUUACACCAAAAGAUAUUAACCAAUAUUAUAAGACCAAAUGAACCACAGCAGCAAAGCUUCAAGAAGCUUCAUUUGGCCAUCACUGCUCCCUCGGGGGAGACCGUCAACCUCUGCUGCCACCUGCUGUCAAGACCGUUGUCAUCCAACAUGCUUCCAAGCAUGCAUUGCAGCGCUACAGAUGUGAAUAACAUUCAAAUGUCAUGUUCUGUGCUAAUUAUUUCUCCAGUUACUCUCCCAGUUUCAUUAAAGGCUAGUUAUGGUAUUUGGUAACACUUUAUUUGAUAGUGGCGCCAUAAGACUGUAAUAAGACCACCAUAAUUAUGACAUAACACUGCCAUGAGCAUAAUGAAAGCUUAUAACAGAUGUUAUUUAGUGUUAUUCGGCAAAUUGUCUCACUUUUGAAGAGAUGUAAAAGAUCCAAGCUGGACCUAAACGGAGUUAGUGACAUAAUUUGCCGGAUGACACUCAAUGGCAUCUCUCAUAAGCAUUCAUUAAUACCAAGGGCGUAGGUUUGGGCUCAACAUUGGUAGGGACGAUAUGGCGUAACCUGACUUUUUAAAUCUGUAUUGACUUGACAAAAACUACGAAAGAAACAUUUUGAAAACUGCCAGAAAAAAAUGUCUGGAUUUUAUGAGCAAAUUUUAAUUUGCGUUAUUUGAAAAUCACUAAAAUAAUAUGAACAUACACAAUAAAUAAAAGCUUGUUAAUCAACUCUUAACUAUCCAGGAAUGCAAAGAGAAAAAAAAACAUUUGUCUUAUGACCACUCAAUAUUGUCUAAUUAAAGAAAUUAAACAGCUUCCGAGUAGAGUUUUGCAGGUUCUCAAGUUCACACAAUUUAAUGUUAUGCCAACUCUGAUGGAGGUUGGACUUUCAGUAGCAAAAUUAGUAGCGUGUUCCCCACUUCCACAACAUUGAAGUCUUUUUACCUUUCUUACAGUGGCUGCUGCUGGCUAAAAAAAACUUCUAUUAAUAAGAAAAAUACAUUAAUUAGUAAUGGCGAGGUCAGUUAAAACAAUUAAAACGUGGGGAGACAAUGUAAAUGGCCUAUAUUACCAUCAUAUCGCUAUAUCAUUAUAUAACGCAAAUAAGCUUGCUUAAAAGUUGGUGGGGACAAUUUGAGCAUCCUGAAAAGUUGCUAAUGUUUUGUCCCUACUGUCCCUAUGCAAACCUACGCCAAUGAUUAAUGCCCAUGAUAGUGUCAUGUCAUAAUUAUGACUGUCUUAUGGUAGUGUUAUGACGCUGCUGUCAAAUAAAGUGUUGCCUAUUAACCCAAAUGAAUCAACAAAUAAGCCGCACUGGACUGUCUUAUAGUACGAUAAUUACGGUAUAUUAGUGCUUUAAUUGGUUGGGAAAAAAUGACUAUAACCGCCUUCGAAAAUUUGUUAUUGCAACAGGCCUAUAAUAAUUUUUUUUUUUUCUGUAUACAUGAGAAUGUCUUUUUAAAAACAAAACAACAACACUAUUUAUUCAUUGUUUUGAAUAAAUGAUUUUUAAAUCAAGUAUAACUAGUAAUCUCUGUACCAAAUACAAAAGUAAAUUGUUGCCGGACUGGUUUAACAGAAAACUGGAACAAAAGUCACCUGACUGACCUGGAAACAUAUUCCGUGUACUGUUUAACACCCAAGUCGUCAGGUGAUUUCUUUAUCAGUGCUGAUUGCCGGCCCUUCACUAAUAAAACGACUAUAAACUGUUGUGUUGUGAUCGAGUCACUCGGCCAACUCGGUGCUAUUUUACAAAAAAAUGCUAACAAUGCGGCGCAACCUUCCUCUAAUCAUGUAUGCUUUGACCUUAAAUCCAUUGUACUUGGAGUAAAUCAGGUGCAGACAAGCUUUAUAGCACGUUGUGUCUUAACGUGUAGGAAGUUUGAACAGUUAAAAUUCGGAGAUGUGUCUAUCCUGAGUGUGUUGUGAUAUGUCGCCGCUGAUACUGAGCGCCGCUUGGGAAGUGUUGUGUCUUUACUUGGAGCACUCGUGCAUUAACGUAUUCUCUCCCAUUGAAGAUAGACGUCAAAUCGUGAUGGUCAUGAGUAGACGUCCAAUGGCUGUUAAUGAGUUGAGGAAGAAUGUUUGGUUCCGAUGGUCUGUGCACACUGCAAAAACACACUUCCUUAAAACUAGUUAAAUUCCAUUGUUUUCUGUGUAAAUCCACUAGAAAUAAGUGAAGUUAUCUGCCAGUGCUUCAAAUAAAUUUUCCUCACUUAGAUUUCUUGUUAUAAGAAAAAUAGCCAGGCUUUCAUUAUGCUGAAAAUGAGCUUAACGGCCUUAUUUUAGGCAAUAAAUUAGUGUAUUUAUUUUUAAAAGAAAGCUUUGAAAUGUCAGAAAUGUUCUUAUUUUAAGAAAAGCUGUUGUUCAAAACAUUAUUUGAAAGCAAAACUGAUCAACUUUUAGAUCUAUGGGCUUAGUAACAAAUACAGUAGUACCUCGACUUAAGAAAUUUCUGUAAGUAGAGACGCAUUUUCCAUGUAAACGCCCUUAUAUGUUCAAAGUUAUAUAAUUCAGAUAUCUUUUAUAAUGCAUUCAAAUGCAUCAAAACAUGUACCAAAUACAUGUUACGAAUAUUAGGGUUGUUCCGAUCAUGUUUUUUUGCUCCCGAUCGUUUUAGUUUGAGUAUCUGCCGAUCCCAAUAUUUCCCGAUCCGAUUGCUUUUUUUUUUUGCUCCCGAUUCAAUUCCAAUCAUUCCCGAUAAUUUCCCCCCAUCAUAUACAUUUUGGCAAUGCAUUGAGAAAAAAAUGAAUAAAACUCGGACGAAUAUAUACAUUCAACAUACAGUACAUAAUUACUGUAUUUGUUUAUAAUGACAAGAAAUCCUCAAGAUGGCAUUUACAUUAUUAACAUUCUUUCUAUGAGAGGGAUCCACGGAUAGAAAGACUUGUAAUUCUUAAAGGAUAAAUGUGACUUUGUAUAU